ACACACACACACAGGAGCAGCUCCGCCCCUGGGGGAAGCCCCACCCUCUCCUGGAGGGCCUUAAAUCCAGGCGGUGGGGCUCUGCUGCACAACCCCAACCACAUUCUCCGUGUAGGUAGUGGGACCUGCGGACUCCGGAACUUCAGGAUGGUUCACACUAAGAGCUGGACCCUGAAGAAGCACUUUGAAGGCAGCCCAACUCAUAGUAACUUUGAAUUAAAAACUGUUGAACUCCCAUCCUUAAAAAAUGGAGAGGUCCUGCUGGAAGCCUUGUUCCUUACCGUGGAUCCUUAUAUGAGAUUGGCAGCCAAAAGAUUGAAGGAGGGUGAUACGAUGAUGGGGCAGCAAGUGGCCAGAGUUGUGGAAAGCAAAAACUCAGCCUUCCCAGCAGGAACUAUGGUAGUGGCUUUUUCAGGCUGGACGACGCACUCUAUUUCUGAUGGGAAAGAUCUGGAAAAGCUACCCGCAGAGUGGCCAGACACGAUCCCGGUGUCUUUGGCUCUGGGAACAGUUGGCAUGACAGGGCUAACAGCCUACUUUGGCCUACUUGACAUCUGUGGUGUGAAGGGUGGAGAAACAGUGAUGGUUAAUGCAGCAGCAGGAGCAGUGGGCUCUGUGGUGGGGCAGAUAGCUAAGCUCAAGGGCUGCAAAGUUGUUGGAGCAGCAGGGUCUGAUGAAAAGGUUGCCUACCUUAAAAAGCUUGGAUAUGAUGUUGCCUUUAACUACAAAACAGUAGAGUCUUUGGAAGAAACUUUGAAAAAAGCCUCGCCUGAUGGUUAUGAUUGUUACUUUGAUAAUGUAGGUGGAGAGUUUUCAAACAUUGUUAUCCCCCAGAUGAAGAAAUUUGGAAGAAUUGCUAUAUGUGGGGCCAUCUCUACAUAUAACAGUACUCGCCCGUUUCCCCCAGGCCCAUCCCCAGAGAAUAUUAUCUACCAGCAGCUCCGCAUGGAAGGGUUCAUUGUCACCCGCUGGCAAGGAGAGGUCCGCCAGAAGGCUCUGAAGGACUUGCUGAAAUGGGUCAUAGAGGGUAAAAUCCAGUACCAUGAAUACAUCACUGAAGGAUUUGAAAACAUGCCAGCUGCAUUUAUGGGAAUGCUGAAAGGAGAUAAUUUGGGAAAAACAAUAGUGAAAGCAUGAAAAAAAUGACACAUGGAAUCUAGAAAUCAUUUAGAUGAUUAAUUCCUUUUUAACCAUUUAGUAAAACUGUAUGUACUACCUUCAUGAUCUAAGAAAUAGUCAUUGUAAUGAGUUUGGGUACCUAAUAAAACACAUUUAAGUGGUAUGUAAUCAGAA